UUGGUCGAUGCGAAUGAGAAGUGGGCCAUUUCACAACAAGAAAAUGCGACAGGAGCAAAUGUGGUGUGAGUGGGAAUGAGGGCCAUUGAUCCAGACUAGAAAAUAUUGCAGUUCGACACCAUUUUUAACUGCCAGGGCUCCAUCCUACAGAGCCCUGGGAUGUGUAGUUUUGGCGAGGCGAAGAAGAACUUGGAAAGAACUUGGAAAGAGAAAACACAACUUCCUGGAGUGCAUAGGCGACAGCAUUGGCAGUGGUGUCCAAGUGAGAUGCACCAGUUUAUUUUUAAGCAAGGCCUUCCUCUUCCCGCAAGAGGAGCCCCAGAAAAAGAAACUCCGGGGCUUUCCUUCUGGAGGAAAACGAAAGCGAAAGGGCUCCACCAGGGCAGCUCCAGCUGUUCAGCUCCAAAGGCGAGCUCCCUCAGCGUUGAGCCCCAUCAUGGCGCAGGGGCAGGCAGGGCCUCCUCCUCCUCUCUUCUCGCUGCUGGUGGAAGGGGACUGGGGGGGCCCCGGUCUCCCCAAAGCCCUCCGGAACAAGCUCCUCUGCUACUUCCAGAGCCCCAAGAGGUCCGGGGGAGGAGAGUGCCAGCUCCAGCCCCAGAAGGAGGGCUGCGUCUGGGUUUGCUUCACUUGUGAAGAAGUGAGGCAAAGAGUUCUCUCCAAAAAGACCCAUGAACUUGAACUAGGAGAAAAAGGAACGCUGAAGCUGGUGGUCAAACUACCUGAAACAACCAAUGAAACUAGAGAUCCGGUACCUAAAACCAAACAAAACCAAACAGGAAAGGUGACAGAAGAGAAGAUAACUGAAGAAAAGGAUGUGCAAGACAACAUCACCAGCAAACUGGCUGGUGAAAAUCAAGGUCACGGAGAAGAUGAUUUCACCGCUUCCCAGAUAUCAUCUCUUGUUGUCAUUGAAAAUGUUAAAGAAUCUAUCACAACUGACAUAUUAACUCUGUUGGUAGAGAAUAUCAGUGGGCUUUUAGUACAAAAUGACUUCCAGACUGAAUUGAUAAGAGAGAGAAAUGCUGCUGUGGUAACCUUUCAGCGAAGUAUGGAUGCUGCAAAAUUCAUGGACAGAUGUACCAAGAACUCUAGGUUUAAGGAGUAUAAAUUUACUGCCCGGCUUCUUGAAUUGACACAAAUGAUCAAAGUUGAAAAUAUUCCUACUGGAGUACACCAAGAUUUCAUAACACUCUACUUUGAAAGUCCAAAGCAUGGAGGAGGACCUGUCUCCAGUAUUAAAAUGUUACCUGAAGAGGAGUCAGCUCUUAUUACUUUUUGUGACAAUCAAGCUGUGCAGACUGUACUGAAAAAGCAGCAUUCUUUUGAUCAUCAACCUAUUUCAGUUUACCCAUACUACAGUUCUUUGGAUGCCGUCUUGUAUGGGAAGGAAAGAUUGCAGAUCAAGAUGCCAGAACCUGUUAGAGUUCCUCUAGAUCCUUAUAUCUGGCAGUUCCUACAAGGCAAAGAUAAACUAACCCAAGAAAUAGAUAAAGAAAUGAAAAAUUGCUUCUGUGAUCUAAUGUGGCCUCCAGUGACAUGUGAACAUCCAGAAAUCACAAUACAUCCAUCAUCUGCCUUAUCUAAACAAGGAACGGCCAUAAGAAAAUUAAUAAAGACCUGGAAAGAUAAAGUUUUUACAGAAUUUGCUUGCAUCCUAUCAAAGUUCAAGACAACAACAUGCAAAAUUAUCCCAGCAGAAUGGGAGAAGAUAGAAAGCAAUUUCAUAAAUAAUGUUUUAGCCGUGCCUGAUGUUUCCAAAGAAACUGUUACCAUAUCUGGUUUUGUAUUCAAUGUGGAUAUUGCGGUGAAUCAGGUAAAUGCAUACAUUGAAAAUUUGACUCAAAGUGCCGAAAAAGCAAGGCAGGCAAUACAGCAAACAUUGCAAAUUGCCCCAAGACGCCAUGCUGUUUUGCAUCGUGUUUUGCAAGAUGACAAUUUCUAUAAAGAGAACUCUGGCCUCAAGUUCUCUUAUGAUCUUUCAACAAAUGUGAUGCAGCUGUGUGGAAUGCCCACAGAAGUAUACAAAAUGAAAAGUGAUCUACUGGAGAAGUUGCAUGACAUGCAAGAGAAGGAAGUCACUGUUCCUGCUCAGAUUUUUCAAUUCCUACAGCAUGUAGACAGCCAAAAGGUAUCCGCAAUCAUAUUUCAUGCAAAUAAUAUUAAUGCUGCAUAUGAUCUUGGACCUGAUUCUGUACUGUUGGUAGGUCAUUCUUCUGGAGACCUCUUGAAAGCAGAGGAACAGAUGAAGAAAGACUUGCAUAGUAAGCUCAUUACUUUGGAAGAUCCAGAACUCAUCAACAAAAAGGAAUGGAAGGAACUUGUAAAAAAACUCCUGAAGAAGCACAGUUCUGUUGAUGAAGCUGUAAUAAUUGAUGACUGCUUUGUUUUGGGGGAAGACACUAAAGUAACAAUAGCUGGUUAUACAACAGCAGUAGCCAGUGUCUACCAGGAGCUUUCUAAUUUUGUUGAGAAGAACACCCGGAUGCUAAAAGUAAUCCCUGCUAAGUUGUUAGUGGUUGUGCAGUUUAUGGAGGAAAAAAAGGGUAAAAUUUGGCAAGACUUGAAGAGAAAGAAUGUGAAAAUCAAUUUUGGGCUACAAGCUAAACAGAAGAACAUUGUCCUGAGUGGACCUAAAGCAGAAGUAAUGAAAGCAGCUGCCAUAGUUGAACAAAUGCUGUCUUUAUUGCAUUCUAGAAGAGUGGUAUUUGAUAAACCAGGAGUUAAAAUCUUCUUCAAAAAGCGAGAACAUUCCUAUAUUUCUGAAGCAAAAGAAUCCUUUCAUUGUUUGAUCCGAUUACAGAAGGAUGAAGAAGAUGAUAGAGACUCCAGGGUAAAGGAUGGGCACCCUCAUGCAAAAAUACAAUUGAAGGAUGGUGUUGUUGUUGAGGCCUGUAAAGGAGACUUGACAUGCUUUCCAGUUGACGUUGUGGUCAAUGCAUCAAAUGAGGAUCUGAAGCACAUUGGUGGCCUUGCAGGUGCACUUUUAAAAGCAGCUGGUCCACAGCUACAAAGAGAUUGUGAUGACCUAGUGAGGAGAGCUGGACGUUUUAAACCUGGCUGUGCGAUUACCACAGGUGCUUGCAACUUACCAUGUAAGCAAGUCAUUCAUGCAGUUGGGCCAAGGUGGAGCAGCUUUGAAAACGAAAAAUGUAUUUGCCUCUUAAAAAAAGCAGUGAAGGAAAGUUUAAAACAGGCAGAGAAAUACAAUCAUCAUUCUAUAGCCUUCCCUGCGGUAAGCUCUGGAAUUUUUGGAUUCCCGCUAAAAGAGUGUGCCCAUAGCAUUGUGACAGCCAUCAAGGAACAUUUAGAAGAAUCUUCUGAGAAUAACAGCCUGAAACAGAUAUACCUUGUGGAUGUGUCAGAAAAUACAGUUCAGGCUCUUGCUGAUGCUUUGAAUGAAACCUUCAGAGAAGCACCACCCCAGCCCCAUUCUGUGUCUCACUCCCAGCCAGCCAGUCCGCCUGCAGAAUAUGGAGAAGAUUUUCACACAGUGAUUUCUGAUGAAGGCCUGAAACUUAUUCUUCAGGAAAAGGGCAUUGAAUAUGCGAUGACGGACAUUGUUGUAAGCAGCAUUGGCAGCGAUCUCAAGCUUGGUGUGGGUCCCCUUUCCAAAGCUUUGUUGGAGAAGGCUGGGCCAGAACUCCAGGCUGAGUUUGAUCUAGCUGUUCAAGGUCAAGGAGCUCAGGAUGGCUGUGUGAUCCAGACCAGCGGAUACAACUUGGCUAGUGGAGUUGUCCUCCAUGUUGUUGUUCCACAGUGGGAUGGAGGAAAAGGACAUGCAAUCAAGAAACUUAAAGCUAUUAUGAGAGAAUGUCUGGAGAGAACCGAAGAGCUGUCGUUACGUUCCAUCUCAUUCCCAGCCAUUGGAACAGGCGGGUUUUCCUUUCCAAGAGCUGAAGUUGCUAAAUUAAUGUUUGAGGAGACACUUCAGUAUAGUAGGACAAAAAAAUUAAAAUUUCUUCAGGAAGUUCAUUUUCUCCUACAUCCAAAAGAUACAGAUAACAUACAGGCCUUCUCACAAGUGUUUGAGUCUGGGACUGGCAGAAUUCCUAGUGGUCUGCUACAGACUGAUGGAAGAAAUGAAGGUUUCUUUGGACCUAUUUCAAUUCCAGUUUUGGGAAUUCAUGAAAUGCAGAUUGGGCCGAUUAAAUUCCAAACAGUUACAGGAGAUAUUACAAAGGAAACUACAGAUGUUAUUGUCAAUGUAACAAAUUCAAGCUUUAAUGCCAAAGCAGGUGUCUCCAAGGCAAUUUUAGAAGGUGGUGGCCCUGAAGUGGAAAAGGAAUGUGCAGCUCUUGCCUCACAGCUUCACAAUGGAUUUAUAACCACACAAGGGGGCAAUCUGAUCUGUAAGAAAAUUAUACACCUUGCUCCCAACGCGGAUAUCAAAACUCAGGUCUCCAUAGUUCUCCAAGAGUGUGAAGCAAAGAAAUACACGUCUGUUGCCUUUCCUGCAAUUGGAACAGGUCAGUCAGGGAGGAGUCCUGAAGAUGCAGCUGAUGACAUGAUUGGGGCAGUUGGUGACUUCAUAGGCAAAGAAUUGCCCCAACAUUUAAAAACAAUUAAGAUUGUUAUUUUUCAGCCCAACAUGCAAAAUGCUUUUUAUGCCUCUAUGAAAACAAGAGAAGGUUCUGCAUUGCCCACCCCUGCAGAAUCUGUGAUGACUAAGAUCAAAAACUUUAUUAUUCGCAAUAAACCACCUGUUCCAAAGAAACGACUGUUGCUUUUGGAAAAGAAGGUUGAGGUCGCCGUGUUUGAAAUCUGUGGGGAAGACAGAAAAAAUGUGGAUGCUGCUGAGUCCUGGCUAAAAAAAUUGAUUCUCCAGGAACAGGCAGAAAAUCGUAUCACUGAUGAAUUGAUUGACAUGUUUGAUGAUGCCGAAAUUCAGAAACUGAAUGAACUCCAGAAAAGACUACAUAUAGCCAUUCAGUUAGAGAAGAAGCAGUCUCCUCCUUUCAUUCUAGUGUCUGGCAUUCCCCGGGAUGUCCUCACCGCCUUCACAGAAAUUCAGGACUUGAUUAAAAAAAUGAAAGAUGACCGGGAGGAGAGAUCCAAGGCAGAGCUUGCCAAAAAUUUGGUUGAAUGGCAGUAUUCCAAAGAUGGGGAUAAAUACACAUCUGUUGAUAUGCUAGCCAAUCUCCAUUUAGAAGAUGCUAUGAUCAGCAAGAAGAUGCAUGUCAACAUCCAAAUUGAUGGGAAGGCCUACAUGGUAGACUUAAAAAAUAUGUCCGCUCAUCAUAAAGGAAAAACUGUUUACUUUAAGCGUUCUUCCAAGGAAGAAGGUAAAGUAGCACUUCCAAAGCACUGGGAAGAUAUGAAGGGAAAUCGUAUCAAAUUGGUUUUGCUGAAACCCACAGCACAAGAAUAUAAGGAUGUUGAAAGAAAGUUUCAGCAAGGUUGCCCUAACUACAAAAUAGAACAGAUUGAAAGGGUACAGAAUCCUUUCCUAUGGCAAUCUUACCAAGUAAAAAAACAAGAGCUAGAUAAAAAGAACGGCCAUAAAAACAAUGAAAAGAUGCUGUUUCAUGGAACUCCAUAUUCCACAAUGAGCCCAAUUAACCAUACUGGAUUUAAUCGCAGUUAUGCUGGAAAGAAUGCUGCAGCAAUUGGAAAGGGGACCUAUUUUGCCAUAAAUGCAAGGUAUUCUUCACAAGACACAUAUUCCAUACCAGACAGAAAUGGUAGAAAAUACAUGUACCUUGCUCGAGUUCUCACUGGGGAUUACUGUGUUGGAAAUCAUGGAAUGAUUGUUCCACCAACAAAAAACAAUGGAGGGUUUGACCUGUAUGAUAGUGUGACUGACAAUGUAACUGCUCCAUCCAUGUUCGUCAUAUUUUCUGAUGCUCAGGCCUAUCCAGAAUAUCUUAUUACUUUCAGAAAAUAACAGGAUUUAAACAUUCGGAGGCUGCCUUUUUGCCCUAAACAAAACAAAGAAAGUGAAUGAAAAUGCUGCAAACAAUCAUGCCAUUUUAGCUUUUUUUUGCUUGAACUUUCUUCGCCAACUUCGAUGCCACUGUGCCUUUCAGAGAUUAAUAGAGGUAUCGGUCAGUUUGUUUGCAUCUGUCUGAACAUAUAUAGUGAUGGUUUUCUGUUCCACUGCCAGCAUUAAUUAACAAUGUUUAGAUGAGUUUGUUACUGCCAAUUUACUGUCUUUGAUGAUCACUUAAAAAAAUUAAAAGCUUUAUUUGAA